UCUAACUGGCAACUGUGCGCUAGUGCUGCUGGUCAUGCGCGACCCGCGUCUGCACACGCCCAUGUACUACUUCCUUUGCCACCUGGCCCUGGUGGAUGCCGGCUUCACCACCAGCGUGGUACCCCCACUGCUGACCAACCUGCGGGGAUCCGCGCUCAGGCUGCCCCGCGGCGGCUGCAUGGCGCAGCUGUGCGCGUCGCUGGCCCUGGGAUCUUCUGAGUGCGUCCUGCUGGCGGUGAUGGCGCUGGACCGCGCGGCCGCCGUGUGCCACCCGCUGCGCUACGCGGGUCUCGCCUCGCCUCGCCUCUGCCGCGCGCUGGCCUGCACCUCCUGGCUGGGCGGUCUCACCAACUCCGCUGCCCAAACCGCGCUCUUGGCCGCGAGGCCGCUCUGCGCGCCCCUCCAGCUGGACCACUUCAUCUGCGAGCUCCCCGCGCUGCUCAAGCUGGCCUGCAGCGGCGGCAGAGACACCAUCGAGCGCCAGAUGUUUGCCGCCCGCGUGGUUAUACUGCUGGUGCCAUCCACCGUCAUCCUGGCCUCCUAUGGCGCUGUGGGCCACGCCAUAUGGAGCAUGCGGUCCAGCGGAGGCCGGAGGAAAGCUGUGGUUCUGAGAAUGGAACCCAGGGCCUCAUGCACAAUAGGCAAGCACCAUCGCACUGAGCUACAUCCCCACACUUGGACAUACUGUUUUAAGCACAAAGGAUAAGUAUGAAGGGAAG